UUCAGAGUGGGAUCAUGGCAGUGGGCAAGAACAAGCACCUCACCAAAGGCGGCAAAAAAGGAGCCAAGAAGAAAGUGGCUGAUCCAUUUUCAAAGAAGAAUUGGUAUGGUGUAAAAACAACACCUACGUUCAACAUUCACAAUAUUGGCAAGACAUUGGUUAUAAGGACCCAAGGAACAAAAAUUGACUCUGAUGGUCUCAAGGGUCAAGUUUUUGAAGUGAGCCUUGCUGAUCUGCAGAAUGAUGAGGUUGCUUUUCAUAAAUUCAAGUUAAUUACUAAAGAUGUUCAGGGUAAAAAUUGUUUGGAUUGGGAAAGCUAA